GCGAUGAUGAUAUGCUCAAGGAACAACAUUGUUCAUCCUCCUUCCUUCCUUGAUUCCCACCGCAAUCACCCACUCCUGCCGCCGAUCCCCACUCGCCGGACCCGACCGCCGCGAUUUCCCUGCCAAUCAUCCACCUUUCCCGGAGUUUCGAGGGGAUCUCGCCGUCGUUGCGGGGAAGCUGGAUCUCAGCGGGUUAUGCUGUUUCGAUUUGGUUACUCAAAUGCUUUCCAAGUUUUCCGCCUAGGAUCGGCCGAGAUCGAGCGACAUUUGUCCGCAUCAAUGCGCCUCUGAUUUAAGGCAAUUUUCGCGAGGGUUUGGGGGUUUGGGGAAUGAAUCUGGGGCUUGAACUUGAAGUCGAAUCCCCCAACAAAUUUUUGUCUGUAUUCGCAAUUCAUUUCCCCUGCGCACAAUCCGUUGGUUGCAGUUGCGCAUUUGGAUUCCCGAAGCUCGUCGUCUUCCUAGAAGCAUUUAAUUCGGAGUUCGGGAGAUCGUUUCGGAACGACGUCGUCUCGGCGGGGAGCAGUUAAUUGCGAGUGUGUAUGGGCGUUCUGCUGAAAUGUGCACCAUAAAAGGCUGCGAGGAGACGAACCGGAGGCGGAAGUGGGGGAUAAUGGGGCUCAAAACUGCGUCGUUCGGCGGAUACAAAUUGGAGAAGCUGAGGAACGGCGGAAUGGUGUCGAGAUCGAGGAUGAAGCUCUGGAUAAUUAGGGCAACCACUUCGAUUUUGCUCUGGACUUGCAUCGUUCAAUUGACAGCAUUGAGCGAGACUUGGGGGCCGAGAGUGUUGAAAGGCUGGCCGUCGUGCUUCUCCCAGGAGUCCGCCGCGUCCGCCGCCGUCGCGUUGGAACAAUCCUCGCCGGAGCUCCAUGUUAGGGUUCUUCCGCCCAAAAGGGUUUACAAGAACAACGGGUAUCUGAUGGUUUCGUGCAAUGGAGGGCUUAAUCAAAUGCGAGCUGCGAUAUGCGACAUGGUUGCGAUUGCAAGAUACUUGAACGUCACAUUGGUAGUUCCCGAACUUGACAAGACUUCCUUCUGGAAUGAUCCUAGCGAGUUCCAGGAUAUAUUCGACGUCGAUCAUUUUAUCACGUCGCUGAGAGACGAAGUUCGGAUACUCAAGGAGCUUCCUCCAAGGGUAAAGACGAGAGUUGAGCUCGGAAUGUUCUACACGAUGGCUCCCGUCAGCUGGUCCGACAUCUCCUACUAUCACAAUCAGAUUCUCCCCCUGAUUCAGAAGUAUAAAGUCGUCCAAUUGAACCGAACCGAUACUCGGCUCGCCAACAACGACCAACCCCUCGACAUUCAGCGGCUUCGUUGCCGCGUAAACUUCAGCGCAUUGAAAUUCACUCCUCAAAUCGAAGAAUUGGGUAAAAAAGUGAUCGAAAUCUUGCGGCAACGAGGGCCUUUUCUUGUGCUCCAUCUCCGAUACGAAAUGGACAUGUUAGCGUUUUCCGGGUGUACUCAAGGCUGCAAUAAAGACGAGGUCGAUGAAUUGACACGAAUGAGAUAUGCAUACCCGUGGUGGAAGGAGAAGAUCAUCGAUUCGGAUAUGAAACGACGGGAAGGCCUCUGCCCUCUUACGCCCGAAGAAACUGCGCUCGUUUUGCGGGCGUUCGAUAUCGACCGAACCAUCCAAAUCUACAUUGCUGCCGGAGAAAUUUACGGCGGACAGAGAAGAUUGUCGAGUCUUACGGCGUCGUACCCAAAUUUGGUGAGGAAGGAGACGCUAUUGGACCCAUCCGACCUUCGAUUUUUCCAAAACCACUCGUCCCAAAUGGCGGCUCUCGAUUAUCUCGUUUCGCUCGAGAGCGAUAUCUUCGUUCCGACGUAUGACGGGAACAUGGCUAAAGUCGUUGAAGGGCAUCGCAGAUAUCUUGGAUACAAGAAAACGAUUCUUCUCGAUCGAAAGCUACUCGUCGAUCUAAUCGACAAGUAUAACUCGCAAUCUCUAUCGUGGGACGAGUUCUCUGCCGCGGUUAAAGACUCGCAUGCGAACCGUAUGGGAAAAUCGACGAAACGAUUAACGAUCCCCGACAGACCUAAAGAAGAGGAUUACUUUUACGCCAACCCCCGCGAGUGUUUGCCGACGCUAAACGAACUUGACCCGAUGCCAAUAAGUUCGAUUUGAUGCAGGUUUGGUAAACACUUAAAAUUUUUAGUUUUCAAGAUGGGUUUCGAGCCGUCAUCAACGAUCGAAACUUGGAGUUGGAGACGGCGUUUUCAGCUCACGAUACGCGACUCGACUCGACUCGACUCGAACAACAUCUGCGGCGGCGCAAGAGAGAUUUUCGGUACGUCGAAAAUGUAACUUGUUUAUUAUGAUUACUGUUAUUACAUUGUUCUUUGUUUCUUUGAUGAUCUGAGGAAAUAAUUCAAUUAUGUGUAUAGAAUCGACGACUAUUACUAUUA